GCCGAAGAUGUCAACGUUUAGAGCACUAGAAAGCCGGGGACAGGGCCUCACUUGAGGAGCAGCAGAGGCCUUGCUAUCACUCCGGAUACACCGGAAGGCACCAAUAACAUUGAGCAGUGUCAAGUCGAAAAGUACGCUUCUGGCUCAACUCGGAGCAUAAAUGCUCGAGGGCGUUUCAAACUUAUCAAUCGUGUAAAAUGGAAUGCAAUGACCCGUCGACUCCCCUCUCCUUCCACGAAGGGCCAACGUCGCUGCGUUUCCGACUCUAAAACGCCAUCUGCGAGUUUGACAGACGCAUGCGUCGUGCCUGGGUGCCCCCGGAAUGUCCGUGCCUCGACUCCUCUUUUUCACAUGCGGCGGCCUGCGGCAAAUUGCCAAGUGCAACCUCGCCAGGGCGAUUUGUCGAGAAUGACAGCAGAUCGCACGUGUUUCACCCCAUCGUCGUCCCCAAAUAAAGCACCUCGGCGGCCAGCCGGCGGCCCAAAGAGCUUGUGUGGCGUCUUCGCUAUGCAGGCAGAACAGGUUUCGGGGAGAAAAAGUCGAGCGGGAUGCUACGAAAGCACGGCUGGGGAGGAGAACGUGGAGAGCGUGCCAUUCUGCGGGAGAGGUUUGCAUGGCGAUGGGAAAGAGGGAGUUUCGGACUGCGACUCUGGGCGGCGUGAGAAAAACAGCGACGGCACUCCACUUCUACUGAGACGCCUGAUCCUUUCGUACUGAUCCGAACCGGGGGUUUGUGACGAAUAACACUACAAAGCCAUAGCCGCGCAAUGACAAGCUGCACUCUUGUCAGUCCCCAGAGACCGGAGGUUCAGGUCCUGCUCCGCCUUGUUUCGUGCAACGCCAGACCUUCUCGUCGUAAAAGCAGCCAGAGAAAGCAGGUACCACGUGCACCAAGGUCCCGCUCAUGAUUCAGCGAUCGACCAGGGUUUGUCGAAAGUGUCGUGCUCUAAGCACAGCCGUCGCGAUAAUUACUCAACAUCAUGUCAUUCGCGAAUUGCUCGGCCGAGAGCGAAC